UCCGGUCUCUAAUUCCGUCUUCCACAUCAAGAGACCGAGUGCAGCGCCUACACCUCUCUCUCUCUCUCUCGUUCGCUCGAUUGCUCGCUUCCAUACUUAAAGAGAAGGAAAAUGCAUGGAACAGCUGCAACUGCUUCGCUAUCAAGCGCAUUUCUUCCGUUCCAAGGAUUUCGUGGGUCUCUGGAUUCAACGUUUCGCCUGCAAUGGAGAAAACCGAAGAAGGCACAUCGAACUCUCAUUACUGCACAAAUUGAGCUGAAGCCCCCUCCAUACUCACUGAAUUCUUUGGAACCACAUAUGAGCCGUGAGAUACUGGAAUACCAUUGGGGAAAGCAUCAUAGAGGUUAUGUGGAGAACCUAAAUAGGCAAAUUGUAGGAACUGAGUUGGAUGGAAUGACAUUGGAAGAUAUCAUAAUUGCUUCGUACAACAAGGGUGAUUUCCUUCCUUCUUUCAACAAUGCUGCACAGGUAUGGAAUCAUGAGUUUUUCUGGGAAUCCAUGAAACCAGGUGGGGGUGGAAAACCAUCUGGGGAUCUUCUUUAUCUUAUUGAAAGGGAUUUUGGUUCUUAUGAGAAAUUUGUUGAAGAGUUCAAGUCAGCUGCAUUAACACAGUUUGGUUCUGGCUGGGCUUGGCUUGCCUAUAAGGCAAAUAGACUAGAUGUUGGAAAUGCUGUAAAUCCUUGCCCGUCAGAAGAGGACAAAAAGCUUGUGGUGGUAAAGAGUCCCAAUGCUGUGAACCCCCUUGUUUGGGAUUACUCGCCACUUCUCACUAUUGACGUUUGGGAGCAUGCAUACUACCUUGACUAUCAGAACAGGCGUGCUGAUUACAUCUCAGUCUUUAUGGAUAAACUUGUAAAUUGGGAAGCAGUUAGUUAUAGACUUGAGAUUGCAAAGUCUCUUGCAGCUGGGAGAGAAAGAGAGGAAGAGAGAAGAAGAAUAGAAGAAGACGAGGAUAGAAUGGCAGACAGUGAAGCCAUAGAGAUGUACUUGGAUAGUGAAAGUGAAGAUUCCGAGACCGAUUAACUUGGUUUGUUCCAUAGGUCCAUGAGUAGGUUAAUCACUGGUACAUCGGCAUCCUUUUUCUACUACAGAGUUUUGGGUAGUAACAUAUUUUUGUGACAAAUGUGGAAAACUAUUAGUUGAUUGUCUUUAAUGGACAAAUAGCACUGUUUGCAUUAUUGCAUCAGCAACGUUUUCCCUGUAAAUUAUCUUCCAAAAUUUUGAGUCAAGAAGCAUAUCAUAUUUCCUUCUCAGUUUUACUGGGAUUAAAGCC